GCACAGAACUCUAUUUUAUUCUGUGACUUAUCUGAUCCUGAUCUUUGGAAUCCAGCAUUUCAUGAAGAAACGGGCAGGCUACGACCUGCGCCUGCCACUGACCUUGUGGUCCUUCAGUCUGGCCUUGUUGAGUGCCAUUGGGGCCCUUCGGAUUGGGAAGCAAAUGUCCUUCCUCCUUUUUACCAAGGGAUUUAAGCAAACCGUCUGCAGCCAAUCCUUCUAUGUCCACCCUGUCUCCAAGCUUUGGGUCUAUUUAUUUGUGCUGAGCAAAGUCCUGGAACUGGGUGACACCGUGUUCCUUGUUCUCCGGAAAAAGAAGCUCAUCUUCCUCCACUGGUACCACCAUGCUACUACAAUGAUUGUUGGCUGGCAUGGCUAUAAGGAUAUGUCACCUGGCAUUGGCUGGCCUGCAUUUUUGAACUUCAGUGUCCAUGCUAUCAUGUACUCCUACUACACUGUGAAGACGGCAGGCUUCCAGGUACCCCGCUUCAUCAGCAUGGCAGUCACCACUACACAGAUAGCUCAGAUAAUGGGUUAUCUAAUAAUCAGCAUCUUCACCAUCUUCUGGAUAGAUGAUAAGGUCUGCCCUAUCACAUGGACAAAUUAUUUCCUUUCAUUCGCGGUGUUUAUCAGUGUGCUGGUGCUCUUCUGCAACUUCUUCUGGAAGACAUAUCUGAGUAGUACUGAGAAAUCAAAGAGGGAAUAA